AUGGCAACUUAUUAUAAAAGUAGUGGCUCAAGUGACAUUUAUUCAAGACCAACUGUACCUGAGUUUGUCUCUGGAAACGCAAUGAUCUACACGAAUCCUGAGGUUACUUACUCAGAGACGUUUCAUGGAGAAGCAAACAACAACAAUGCCUCAGCUUCAAAAGAGAUUCAAGUAUUGUCAAGUUUUGGUAGACCUACACAAAUGCAGGAGAUUCAAGAUUCAGGUUCUUGGAGAGAUCAAGAAGACAAUGACAUAAACUUCUUCCCGGUGAUGAUGCGUCCCACCACAGGACCAGGACAGGGACUGUCCCUUGGCCUAAGCUCGCAGAUUGAGACAUCGAGAGGCAAUAACAAUGAGUAUGCAACACAGGUCGUUUCGGGUUUCACUCGAACCAUUCACAACUCAAAGUAUCUCAAAGCUGCUCAGGAGCUUCUUGAUGAAGCUGUCAAUGUUAAGAAAGCUUUGAAACAGUUUCAGCCAGAAGGAGACAAGGUUGAUGAAGAGAAAGAGAAGAAUCUUCAAGAAAUGAGCACGAAUCCUCCUGCUGAUAUCCCUCAAGGAGAGAGACAGGAUCUGCAGAAUAAGUUGUCGAAACUCUUAUCGAUAUUAGACGAGGUUGAUAGAAGAUACAAGCAGUAUUACCAUCAGAUGCAGAUAGUUGUGUCAUCUUUCGAUGUGAUAGCCGGUUGUGGAGCAGCUAAACCAUACACAGCACUCGCGCUUCAGACCAUCUCGAGGCAUUUUCGUUGCUUAAGGGAUGCGAUAUCAGGACAAAUCUUGGUGACGAGGAGAAGUUUAGGAGGUGAAAGUGAUGGUUUAGAUGGGGGAGGAGUGAGGAUAAGCAGGUUAAGGAAUGUUGAUCAGCAGGUUAGGCAACAAAGAGCGUUUCAGCGGUUAGGCGUGAUGCAGCCUCACGCUUGGCGGCCUCAACGCGGUUUACCUGAUUCCUCUGUUUUGAUCCUCCGCGCUUGGCUCUUUGAGCAUUUCCUCCAUCCUUAUCCCAAGGAUUCGGACAAGAUCAUGCUAGCUAGACAAACAGGGUUGAGCCGAGGCCAGGUGUCGAACUGGUUCAUAAAUGCGCGUGUGCGUCUCUGGAAACCGAUGGUGGAGGAGAUGUACAUGGAGGAAUUCACAGGCGCACUGGAGGAGAAUGGUGCCAACUUGUCUUCCGAAAACACACAAGAAACCGCAGAGAUUCAAGAACAGCCGAUCGAGUCUAGUUCCAACAACGGGCAAGUAUCCGGCGUGGCAAGCAGUAGCAUGGGACAGAGCACGGUUGCUCGUGGUGGUGACCGGUUCAUGAUGGUGGCUGACAUGACAAGAAAUGGUAGUGGUGGGAUGUCUUUAACGUUGGGGAUUCAGAAUUCCGACGCUCGCGGCGAUGUACCUAUGUCCGGUGGGAUAGAUAACUACGACAGUACCAUCCCAGGAACCGGUUUCCAGCACCGGCUUGGCUCUUCACAAUUGUUGCAUGAUUUUGUAGCUUGA